AUGAUAGUCGAUUCUGAAGCACGUCAAGAACGAAGCUUGUCGCCGCGUGGUCACGUGGCCUCGCCGCCGCCGCCUCGCGCCGCAGCGCCGACGCCAACACCAGUACGAGACCCGCCACAACAACCAUUGUCCCAGCCCCCGACGCAACAAGAGCCGCCGCGACCAGCCUCUCCGCGCCCAGGCCCGUCGUCUGCUCCAGAUCUACCAGAAACUCAACCACAGGUACUUUCGUCGUCCCCUAAGGAUCAAGAACUCGGUGACGACAUCUUGCUAAUGCUAGGCGAUGCUCCAAAACCAGAACUGGCGUUAGGUGACAGCAUACAUAAGGAUGUGGCCAGUAGGUGGCAUGAAAUCUUACUAAAAGGUUUACAAAAGGAGGUUAAAGAAAAGCUUUUUCAAGAGUACCUCGUGCCCAGCAAUUGUGACCUCUUAGUUGCACCUACACUUAACGCCGAGGCUAAAGCGGCAUUAACAGAUAAUUUAAUAAAAAGAGAUCAUGCCAUAAUGGAAAAACAGAAACAAUUAGGAAUUGCUUUGUCAGCACUCGCGCAGGCCAUGGAUUUAUUGCUUAAACCAGAUGCAUCUGCUCAAAAUAUUUUGAAACCAGAGGCAGAGCAAGCCAGAUGCAGGGCACUACCGACCGUCGCCGCGCUCCAGCCGCCCGAGCGGCGCCCGCGCCCCGCGCCGCCCGAGCUCGCCGCGCCGCCGCAGCUACCGGAGCUACAGGAGAUAGCUGAACACGAGGUGUCACAGACAAUCCCCUAUGCAUGCAUGCAUGGAGAUGCAUGA